AUGGCCCCAGCGGCAUUCCAAAGAUUCAUGGAAAGCUUUUUGGAUGACUUGCGCGACACAAUAUGUAUAUCGUAUCUUGAUGACGUCAUCGUAUUUAGUGUCACGUUCGAGGAUCAUGUAGAACAUCUUCGGAAGGUAUUUCAGCGUUUAAGGCAACAUGGGGUAAAGCUAAAACCCCCAAAGUGUAAGUUGUUCGAGAGAGAAGUAGUGUUUUUGGGACGUAUUGUUUCAGAAAGCGGUUAUCGAAUGGAUCCUGCAGGGUAGAGGUUAUCCACAAUUUGAAGUCGUCCCAUCCAGAAAACGUUGGUGAUAUUAGGCGUUUAAUGGGACUGCUAAAUUGCUAUCGGAGAUACAUUCCAAAUUUCUCUAGAAAAGCGAAACCAAUAUACGAUCUAAUUAAGAGUGACGGUGUAGAGACAGGAAAUAGCAAACGUGAUAUGAAAUCGAAAGGACAGUUACCUUCUAGUACUAUUGUGCAAUGGACUAACGAUCAUCAACUCAUCCUUGAAGACCUGUUAGAUCAUUUGGUUGACCCACCUGUGAUGGCUUACCCAGAUUUUACCAAACCGUUUAUUGUGUGCACUGACGCGCCUGAAGAGGGACUGGGAGCCGUCAUGUACCAAAGUCAAAACGGUGAAACAAGAGUUAUUGCGUAUGCUUCUCGAAGCUUGAUACCCGCCGAAAGAAAUUACCAUCACCAUUCGGGCAAGUUGGAAUUUCUUGCACUUAAAGUGGGCGGUCUGUGACCAUUUUCGGGACUAUUUGUAUUAUGCCUCGGAAUUUACAGUCUAUACUGACGACAACCCACUCACGUACAUCUUGUCUUCUGCAAAACUUAAUGCAACGGGUUUACGUUGGAUCGAAGAACUGGCAGAUUUCAAUUUUACUAUCAAGUACCGCCCCGGUAAAGUGAACACUGAUGCAGAUGCGCUGUCAAGGUUGUUGGCAAAUGUCGAUAGUUACAUGGAGAUGUGCACCGAGGAAAUUGCAAUGGAUUCUCUCCAAGCCGUAGAAUCAUCAAUUUGGGAACAGCAAGCGAGUAACAUCAGCUGGAUCACAGCUUUUACUACAAAUCAGGAUGUGUUAGAAGAAGAUAUGAAGCACAUUAACAGUGUUUCCAUGAACACCAUUUCUUGUGACGAGAUUGCACUUGCCCAAAGAGACGACACAGAAAUUAGCAAAGUGAUCAAUGGACUGAAUCGAAAGAGAGACCUACUUUGGAAAAAACAUCUAGUGAAUCACGCUAUACAUGGUACCUCCCGCACGAGUGGAACAAGUUGGAAUUGGACAAACAUGGAUUACUUCGGAGAAAAAGUGGUUUGAAGAAUCAAAUAGUCUUACCUAAAAAGCUUCAUUGGUUGGUGUACGAGGACGUUCACGAGAAAAUGGGCCACUUAGGAGCAGAUAGGGUACUAGAACUUGCCCGUUCUCGGUUCUAUUGGCCGCACAUGCAGAGAGAUGUAGAAUCAUACAUUUCACAUAAAUGUCG